AUGAAUUCCCAACGCUCCUGCUCCAUCACUCCCCCCCAAAUCGAUCGCCGUCGCGAAUCCCCGGUUCCUCCCACCCGGCGACCUGUGACCCUGCUCCUGCCGGGCCGGCGCGAGCUAGCGAGACCAACAACCAACCGACGACCAACCAUGGCGGCGGCGCCCGUGCGCGCGUGGUUGCUGGCAGCGCUGGCGCUGGCGCUGGCGUGCGCGCUGCUGUCCGCCGACGCCGCGGGGACGCCGUCCCCGCAGACGCCGGCGGCGGCGCAGGCGCAGGCGGUGUCGUCGGGCGCCACGAAGCCCAAGUGCGAGCCCGGCGCCGUGAACGACAAGGCGUGCCGCGUCGGCGCCGUGCACGACCCGGAGAACCAGGAGGAGGAGGGCUUCAGCGUCACCGCCAAGGCGCCCACCGGCGCGCCCGACACCGACAGCGACGACGACUACAACGACCCCGACGUGCCCAACGACGACCAGCUCGUCGUCGUCGGACACUGAUCGAGCCGCCCGCCGUCGAUUGGAUCAA